ACAAACACCUGCUCGUACAGAUCAUCCUGCACCGGAGUUGACGGGAACUGCUUUGAUACAACAAACAUUUGGACCGUAAUCGAUCCAAGACGUGGGGAUUUGGACUUAAAAUGUCAAACUUGAAAGGCAAAAGAAAAGAGUAUCUAAGUGUGAAGGAUCUGCAGAAGGUUUUGGACUCAUGUAAGCUUCAUCUCAGUCAAGUUGAUGAGGUCUGGCCGAAUAUUUACAUAGGAAAUUUGGCAGUAGCCCAAAACAAGACUGCCUUGCAGAAAUUAGGUAUAACUCAUGUAUUAAACGCUGCUCACUCCAAGCAAGGCAGCAUAGGGAACCAAAGCUUUUAUGGCAACAGCUUUGUGUAUUGUGGCAUUCCAGCAGAUGACUCGACACACUUUGAUCUGGAUGUUUACUUCCAGCCUGCAGCUGAUUUCAUUCAUAAGGCUCUGAAGUCACCUGAUGGGAAAGUUCUGGUGCACUGCAUCAUGGGAAUGAGCCGGUCAUCGACCUUGGUGUUAGCGUACCUCAUGAUCUACCAUCACCUCCCGCUCAAACAGGCUCUGCAGAAACUGAUCCAGAAGAGAGCAAUCUACCCCAACAGGAAUUUUCUGGCUUUGCUGUUGGAUCUGGAUCUACAGCUGAUGAGAAAGAAGAAAAAAACAUGUCAGAUCUUGUAGUCAAGGGAAGAUGACAUUUUUCAGCCCCACAGCAGCGUGGUGUUUGUAGGGACGGUGGGGCUGGUCAGUCUGUUGGUCAAGACUCUAAUAUUUCUGAUGGACGGUCAUGAAAUUUGGUGCAGUUAAUGACUGAAUUUCUGUCAAACUCAGCUGUACUUUGACAUUAGCUAAUAUGUUGGAGUGUUAAACAUUAAAGGUCUAGUGUGUAGAAUUUAUUACCAUCUAGUGGUGAGGUUGUAGAUUGCAACUGACUGAAACUUGUGUGCCAAGCAUGCAGGAGAACUACAGUGGCUGACGCAAAAACACAAAAGGCCCUCUGUAGAGCCAGUGCAUGGUUUGUCCGUCCUGGGCUACUGUAGAAACAACAUGGCGGACCUCAUGAAAAAGGACUCGCUCUGUUUGUAGAUAUAAAGCUGAUUCUAAGGUGACAAAAACAUGGCAGUUCUUAGUUCCAGGUGAUUAUACACUAAUAAAAACAUAAUUAUUAAUAUAAUCUGCCACACUGGGCCUUUAAGAAAAAAACAAUAGUAAAGUUGCUCAUUUAACAUUUAUCUCACUCAGCCCUCAGUUUUUUAUUAGCAUGCUAAAAGCUGACAUGUUAAUUUAGCCAAUACAGUGGUUCCCAGCUGUUGGGUUGCGGUCCAAAAGUGGGUCGUGGGUCCACUCUGAAUGGACUGCAAGUGACUGGCGAAUGUGUCAAGUUUGUAAAAAACACACUUUAUUUUUAAGUA